AUGCACCUAACAUCUAAUAAUAGUAUCAUUGAUCAAUUAAAGAUUCAAGAAACUUCAAUUUCAAAAUUUACAUUAAAUACUGAAGUUGAUACAAGUGAAAAAAUAAAUUUUAUAGUGGAUACUAAUAAUAAUGAAAAGCUAAAUACUGAAAUUGAUCCGAGUGAAAAAAUAAAUUAUACAGAGGAUACAAAUAAUAAUGAAGAGCUAAAUCGCAUUGAAUCUUUAACUAGGUAUUAUGCUGCAAAAAGUCUCUCCGAAAAUAGGUGGGUUUCAUUCAUCUAUCAGCAUGCAAAUAGUCCUAUAACAGUUCGAAACAGCACAAAAAUACCUGUUCAAGUAGCAUCAGUGCAAAGAAGAAAAGGAGCUGUAUCGCAUAGUCUAAAAAGAAAGACUUUGGGAAGACAACCAUUAGAUAAUAAAGAAAAUGAAGAUCCACUUGAAAUGCAACCAAGAAAAAAAAGAAAAACAAUGCGAAAGCCACAUAAUUUGGCGCAAAAUAUUAAUAAUAACAGAGCUAAUUAA